AUGAGCAGCAGCACUCAAGCCCAUGAUUGUAACAUCAUCGGAAUCACCCCCAAACGCCCCAAUAUUCUCCUGAACCCACUCAAGCGCAACAUACAUAUCCUUCAAUCCAAGAUUCAAAAGGCCUUCUUUGGCGGUCAACUCAGUGUUCAUGCCGCCGAAUACACCAAUGCGGUAUUGCAUGCUAACAGCAAUGUAUGGCUCCUCUGA